CACAAAGUAGUUGAGGAGGCCUGGAAAUGGGCAAGUAAUGAAUUGUUUCAAUAAAACUACAGGAAUCUGACAAAGACAAUAAGAUGGGAAAAGGAUUUUUGGGUUUAAGCCAAAGAAAACCAAAGCUCGGCUCCAAGCCUCCACCCAUUGUCGCUUCUAAAAUAAUACGUACCAUUUUAUUACAUAAAUGCAGACAAAGCACUAAAGGGCACCAUGGGCAAAUUUUAGUGAAAAGCAGAGAACUAUGGAGUGGUAUGAUGAAGUUCCAUGGUCAAAAUUAUGUUAUGCCUGUCAAAAACCAUUUCUACACCAAGAAUCAGUGGGUCCCAAUUUCAGUAUUGAGGGACGCCGAUUCUUCCUUCACCAAAGAUGUGCAGAGCUACCAAGGGAGAUCCCCGAGCAUCCCCUGCAUCCUAACCAUAAACUCACACUUCUUGCUGAAUCACCUUAUCGCCGGGACGAUGAACUACACUGUUGUCACAGAUGUCGCAAAGCUCUAGUAAAAUUCACCUACCACUGCUCCUUGUGUGAGUUUGAUCUGCACUUCUCCUGCGCUUUUAUCGAUACCAAAUUGAAUCACCCCUGCCAUCCUGAACACCCAUUGACACUUUUGCAAAGACCUUCCAUCUUCAGCUGUGAUGCUUGUUGGGAAAGAGGAGAUGAACAGGAAUCAUAUAUAUGUGUCGAUUGUCAAGUAUGGAUCCACGAGAGCUGUGCAUUUUUGCCAACAACAAACUACCGAAAAGACCAUGAUCACCCUCUUUCUCUUGUUUAUUCUGUCCCCAAUGAGUUUCGGAGAUUCGGAAUACCCUGUGAUUAUUGCUUGCGGGAUAUACCUUCUCGGAGUUGGGUCUAUUAUUGUGGCCCUUGUAGGUACAUAAUUCAUCUCGGAUGCUUCGAAAAAUAUAGAAAUCCAAGGUACAUAAUUCAUCUCGGAUGCUUCGAAAAAUAUAGAAAUCCAAGUGAUUUUGGAGGAUCCAUAGAGUCGCAUCUAGCUAAAGUGAUGAGUCGGGACAAUUUGGUCAAAUUUCCAACAAAUGACUCUGCGGAGGUAUUCAACCACGUGUUACGGAAAGAAUUCGGGAUGGAAAUUGUUGCAGUACCCGAACGUGUAAAACUCAGGCGAUGUGAACAUUCCAUUGAUUCUUUGGAUCUGCAGAAUGUUUCAAACUCGAAAAACAAUGAGAUCACUUGCGAUGUCUGCACUAAGGCAAUUUUAUUUUCAAGCGGUAAAUGCGAAGAAUGCAAUUAUUUUUUCCACUUUACUUGUGCUCAGUUGCCUGGAGAGUUGCCUGUUCUAUAUCAAUGGAGUAGCCAGGAGUUUACAUUGUCAUUUCUUGAAGACGUUCGCGACAAGUUCACGUGUUACGCUUGCAAAUUGGAUUCUAAUGGCUACUAUUUUGUGGCCGAGAAGAACUACUUGGAUGUUACAUGUGCUUUAUUGCCCUCCAGACUGAUACAUAAAGCACAUGAACACCCGCUUGAACGAACGGUUGGAUUGGAAACGACCCAUCAAAAGUGCAGGUCUUGUGGUGACUGUUUUUCGUUUGUUUUCGGUUACGCUUGCUUCGACUGUGAUUUCUCUCUAGAUUAUGCUUGUAUCACGCUACCAGAAAUUGUCAAUCAUAGGUGGGAUAAGCAUCCACUUCUGUUGAGCUUUCCUCCUUUCAGUGAUCGUCCCGGCGACUUCUAUUGUGAGAUCUGCGAAGAAGAAAUUCAUCCAAAAAGAUGGCACUAUCAUUGUAAGGAAUGCAAUCAAUCCUUUCAUCCUCUCUGUAUCCCCAGAGUCCUGUAUCGGAAUUUCACUUUUGGUGGCAUUUUUGAAUUUGGUUCACAUCCCCAUCCUCUGAAAUUAGCCCGCGAAGGUGGUUAUCAUUCCCGGUGUGAUUCUUGCCAUGAACCGAUGUACUGCAAAAGGGUAUUCCAGUGUGCAACUUGCUGGUUUUGCAUAUGCUUUAGUUGUGCAACUAAAGUUUCAAAGUUUAAGACUAAGGUCAUGUUUGAUGAAGAUAUUCCACCCUUUAACUUUUAAUUGAUUAAGUGUUUAAUUGUUGAUAAUCUAAUAAGAUGACAUAUUGUACUCAGUUAUGAUGAUGGAUCGAGCACAUACUAUUGUGUCAAUUGAAGUCUAUAUUGGGGAAAUGAAUGAUGUUUCUCGUCCAAUAGGAUGAUCAAUAUCCCAAAUGUAACAACAAAGCGUGAGAAAAGCA